AUUAAAAUACGUUAUUUAUUGCAGAUACAUGCAUGUGGAACACACAUGUGUAACAUACAGUGACGUAUAAAGAUUAAUUUAGAAGAUAGCAUCUUCUUGUUGAACGAAGUCCAUAACUCUUUCCUUAAGUGGGCAUCGAUAUGGAAAAGCACGAUGCAUACUUGCAAGUACACUUAGAGAGGCGUUUAUAUGAACAAGAAACUUUAAAUGAGGAUUGUCAUUAUCAGAAACCACAGACAUUCUUCUUUGAAAAUACAGUAAGUUUAUUAAAACACAAGAAUUGGAAAUCAUGUUUUUUGUCUGCGAUUCCAUCAAUACAUUGGUUAAGAGAAUACAAAUGGAAGGAAAGUAUAAUAGCAGAUAUAAUCUCUGGCUUAACAGUGGCAAUUAUGCAUAUUCCUCAAGGAAUGGCUUAUGCUUUAUUGGGAAAUGUGCCACCGGUAGUGGGGAUAUAUAUGGCAUUCUUCCCUGUUCUCAUAUAUUUCUUCUUCGGCACGUCUAGACACGUGUCCAUGGGAACGUUUGCUGUGGUUUGCUUGAUGACUGGGAAAACGGUGGCUACUUAUUCAGUGUCACACGACGAAUUUGCAAAUGCUACAAGUGCAUUGUCUGAUCUACCCAAGGAAUACUUCUAUACGCCUAUGCAAGUAGCAACAGCAGUCACGCUUGUCGUCGGAAUGUAUCAGAUUGUAAUGUACUUAUUCCACUUGGGCAUUAUAAGUACAUUGUUCAGCGAACCCUUGGUAAAUAGUUUUACAACCGGUGCAGCAGUUUACGUGUUAAUAUCUCAGUUUAAAGAUUUAUUGGGGCUGAAAAUACCAAAGCGAAAAGGAUAUUUCAAGUUAAUUUUUACGUUAGUAGAUAUUUUUAGUGGAAUACAAAAUUCUAACUUGGCCGCUGUACUUAUAUCAGCGAUAACGAUUACGGCUCUUGCACUCAAUAAUGAAUGUUUAAAGCCGUGGGCAAGCAAAAAGUGUAGCAUGCCAAUUCCAAUCGAGUUAAUUGCAGUUGUUAGCGGUACUUUAAUCUCAAGGUACUGUUACUUACCUGAAACAUACAGUAUUCAAGAUGUGGGUCCCAUUCCAACAGGAUUACCAGCUCCAACACUUCCAACAUUCGAAUUAUUGCAUCUCGUAGCAGCAGAUAGCAUUGCCAUAACUAUGGUAUCUUACACUGUUACCAUAUCGAUGGCCUUGAUCUUUGCUCAGAAACUCAAUUAUCAAAUUAAUUCGAACCAAGAACUUCUUGCUAUGGGUUUGAGUAAUAUAGUAGGAUCCUUUUUUUCAUGUAUGCCUGUAUCAGCAUCAUUAAGUAGAUCUCUAAUUCAGCAAACUGUCGGCGGUCGAACGCAGUUAGCUAGCGUCGUAUCAUGUGCAAUAUUGCUCACAAUCCUAUUAUGGAUUGGCCCGUUUUUUGAACCAUUACCUAGAUGUGUCCUCGCAUCAAUUAUUGUUGUAGCAUUAAAAGGCAUGUUCCAGCAAGCUAAAGAACUAAAAAGAUUUUGGAAACUAAGUAAAUCUGACGCACUAAUUUGGAUCUCAACGUUCUUAAUAGUUGUGAUAGUAAAUAUUGACAUCGGUUUGCUAGCUGGAAUACUUAUAUCGCUUGCGAUCAUUUUAUGGCACAGUCUUACACCUUACAUUUGUCUGUUGGGCCAUUUACCAAACACGGAUUUGUAUUUGGAUACCAGCAGAUAUAAGGCGGUACAUCAUUUCUUACAAUUAACAGCACAAGUAAAACUAAGGAUCGCUUUUACGAGUAAUGUGUACUUACAGGCAACGGAAACUCCUGGGAUGAAAAUCUUUCAUUAUUGCGGAGUUCUGAACUUUGCGAACAGCAGUCAUUUUAAAUCGGAAUUGUAUAACACACUCGAAGUAAACCCGCAAAAAGUAAUAGAUCACAGAAUCAAGUUAAGAGAACAAGGGAUUUACACAGAUUCCGAGGACAAACAGAUAUUACGUUGUGUAAUCAUAGAUAUGAGCGCGUUAAGCCACAUUGAUUCUACCGGUGUAACAACAUUAAAUUCAGUGAUGAAAGAGUUUCAACAAAUCGAUGUACAGUUUUAUCUCGUUAACUGUACGAGUCCCGUUUUUGAAACUAUUAGAAAAUGCGAUAUAUACUUACACGGCACGCUCACGUUUAAAAUUUUCGCUACUAUACAGGACGCCAGGACGUACUUAGAGAAAAAACUUUAUUCAUCAUAAUAUGUGCAAUGCAUCGUCUACUUAUUCCGAUAGUGAAGAUUUUUGUCACUUAAUUUUGCAAACUGUGCUGUGUUUGUUAUAUGUGAUAUUACAAUUUUCGUAUGGCCACGUAAACGAGACAAUAAGAUGUUUUUCUUUAUCACGUUAUUCAUGUUUAAAAAACUUAUGCAAAGCAUAUUAUUACGUACUGUUUCGAUAAUUAUUGCUUUAGGAAUUAUUCUCAGUUUGUACAUAUCUAGUUAGUACAGCUUACGAAUUCACAUGCAUUUGAUGUAUGUAAAAUACAACAUACUAUUUUUCUAUAAAUUUACCGAUAUUUAUGUAAAAUUUGUAUACAUUCUGAGAAUAUAGAUUAUUGGAAGAUUUUAAUAAAGAAAACACCCUUGACCAA